UAACGGUAUUUUUAUUUUUUCAGAUGUUACAAUUUUGCUGUAAGUUUGUUAUUUGCUUAAUAAUUUACUUCGAAAUUAUUCUUCUCGCAGGCAGAGUGAACAAAUUAGAAUAUGUGGAUAUAGUGAUUAUGACAGGGUUCUUGGUCUCCAACGUCGUAAUGGCUGUGCUGAUGUGCACUCGAUGUGAAAUAUACACGAAAGAAAUAAAAGAAACCAAGAACCUGUGCAUAGCUGUCAUGUCUAUUUAUGUGGAUGAUGGUCCCCUAAGAGCAAAAUCCAAGGAUAUGCUGCAUAUUUUAGAGGCCAAGCCGCCAAAGUUCGUCGUGUAUGACAUAUGGGAGAUCGAAGCAGCGUUUAUAAUUCAUAUCUUGAGCAUUGUAACGGCUGUAAUAGUCACCCUUCUGCAAUUAGCCUUUCUGUAGUAUUAUUGAUUAGUAACAGACAACAUUUAUAAGGCGGUAGUAAACCUAAAGCUAAG